AUUCAGUUGGAGACUCGCAAGGGCGAAGACCGUUAGCUCAUGAGAAACAGAGCGAGCAACAACAAUAACAAACCAAAACAUAACGUAUUCCCACUCUCUUCCCUUCCCUUCUCUUCUCUCAACGUACACGAAUUCCAUACAGAAAACCCAGUCUUUACUCUUACCAAUCCCGUCUUUUCUUGAAUUUCAAUCCCUCUCUCUGUAUCUAAACAUGGACGACAUGGCAGCGACGUCGACGACCGGGUCGUUGAUCCAAAACGACGCUUCAUCCAUGUCAUCGUCUUCAAUCUUCACCAACUACCCUUUCCUAUCUGCUCUUGUUGCCUUCGCAAUUGCCCAAUUCACCAAGUUCUUCACUUCCUGGUAUAAGGAAAGACGAUGGGAUCUCAAGCAACUUGUUGGAUCUGGCGGAAUGCCAUCUUCCCAUUCUGCAACUGUUACUGCUCUUGCCUUUGCCGUGGGGCUGCAAGAAGGAUUUGGAGGAUCUGUCUUUGCCAUUGCAUUGAUCUUCGCUUGCGUUGUGAUGUAUGAUGCAACUGGGGUGCGGUUGCAUGCUGGUCGCCAAGCAGAGGUUCUGAAUCAAAUUGUUUAUGAACUUCCGGCGGAACAUCCUCUGGCUGAGAGCAGACCAUUACGUGAACUUCUUGGUCACACCCCCCCACAGGUUGUUGCUGGUGCCUUGGUCGGGAUUUCCACAGCAGCAGUUGGGUAUUUGAUCACGAAGAUAACUAGCCAGAGCUGAUGUUCAAAUAGAUCAUAUAUAUCCUCUUAUGGCAUUUCUGACAAGUGAAUUCCAGAAGGCUACAAGACAUAAUUGCAUCUCACACAUAUAGAUCAUCAGAAUUCUUCGCAUCUUGUUGUCUAUAGCGUAAUACCUAAUCCCAUUGAACUGCAUUAAGAAUGUAAUUUGAUCGAUUGCAAUUAUAUGAAACAAAGAAAUAUGUUCAUGUUAAAUUUCUUCAAUGAAUUGCAAUGGUUACCAUCCUUGGUGA